ACAGCGUGUGUGGUUUCAAGAUGGCUGCGCAGGAUCUACCGUCUCAAUUUGAUGUUGUCAUUCUCGGAACAGGCCUCACCGAGUCUGUCAUUGCCGCGGCCUGCUCCAGAGUUGGACAAAGUGUUUUGCAUUUGGACAGGAGGAACUAUUACGCUGGAAACUGGGCAAGCUUCACUUUCAAUGGCCUGCUGUCGUGGAUUGAAGAAUAUAAGAAUCAGCAGGAGGUUCAGAUCACAGAGUCGGAGCAAGAAUGGAGGAGCUUAAUUGAAGAUGGAGAAGACGUGGUGCCUCUUAACUCUGUCGAUUCCUCUAUAUCCAACUUAGAAAUUUUCUGUUAUGCCAGUGAGGAAGAAGAGCAAGAAGAGGAAACCAAAGUCCCGUCAACAUGUCUGAAUGCUGAAACUGUAUCAGAAGAGGCCAACAGUGACUCUACAGAAACUCAAGACAUGGUUACAAGUGAUGAGCUACAUGCAUUGGAUAUUUCUGAACGCAGCCAGUCAGAGGAGGAGAAACAGCCAAUCAGCAGCCCAGCAGAUCCACCUGCAGAGGUGCAGAACAAGAUAACCUAUCAAAAGCUGUUAAAAGAGGGACGCCGGUUCAACAUUGACCUGGUCUCAAAGCUGAUGUAUUCACGUGGUGCACUGGUGGAUCUGCUCAUCAAAUCCAAUGUGAGCCGAUAUGCAGAGUUCAAGAACAUCGGCCGCAUCCUCACCUGUAGAAAUGGAAAAGUGGAGCAGGUCCCAUGUUCACGGGCAGAUGUGUUUGCCAGCAAGCAGCUGACCGUGGUGGAGAAGCGCAUGCUGAUGAAGUUUCUUACCUUCUGUCUGGACUUUGAGCAGCACCCAGAGGAGUACCAGGAUUACUCCGAGAAACCGUUUAAUGAGUUCCUGAAGAGUAAGAAGCUCACUGAGAACCUUCAAGAUUUUGUCCUGCACUCAAUCGCUAUGGUGACGCAACAUACCCUGACGGAGGAAGGACUAAAGGCCACACAGCACUUCCUGCGAUGCCUGGGUCGCUACGGCAACACUCCCUUCCUGUUCCCUCUCUAUGGCCUUGGAGAAAUCCCACAGUGCUUUUGCAGAAUGUGUGCCGUAUUUGGAGGAAUUUAUUGUCUGCGACACUCGGUGCAAUGCCUGGUUGUGGAUAAGGAGUCCAACAAAGUUAAAGCGGUGAUUGAUACACGUGGCCAGAAGAUCGGCUGCAGUCAUUUUGUGGUUGAAGAUUCCUACAUCAGAGAAGAGCAAAGACAGAGCACCGAUUACAGGCAGAUAUCUCGAGCAGUGUUAAUCACAGACAGAUCUGUGAUGCCUUCAGAAUCUGACCAGCAGAUCUCUUUGGUGACCGUUCCUCCUGUGAAAUCGUCUGGACCAGCUGUGAGGAUGGUUGAGCUGUGUUCGUCCUCCAUGACCUGCAUGCCUGGCACCUGUUUGGUCCACUUGACCUGUUCAUCGUCUGGUACGGCCCAGCAAGAUCUUGCUCCAGUUGUAUCUCAAUUAUUUGACGUUCCCACCACUCCCGGAGAAGAUCCUUCAGAAGGCACAGAGGAGAUAAGCAAGCCUGCAGUGUUAUGGGUCAUGUACUUCAACAUGAGGGACACGUCAGCCAUGGACAGCAGCUGCUACAGCCUACCGAGCAACGUCCACGUGUGCACUGGUCCUGAUGCCGGCCUGGGCAGCGACUACUCCAUUAAACUGGCUGAAUCCGUGUUUCACUGUCUGCUCCCUGAUGAGGAGUUCUGCCCGCCUGCACCCAACCCUGAGGACAUCAUCUAUGAUGGUGAUGCUCCACAGGCUGAAGGACCAGGGUUUGAUGAGAGUAAUGACAAAGAAGCGAAUAAAAGCCAGGCAGAGGAAGAAGGAACCAUCAAUGAGACGAAUCCUGAGAACUCUGAAGCAGCAGAGAUGGACAGUGUUGCGCAAGAGACCACGCUGGACACCAAUCCACCCUCUGAAGAGUAACUUCUUUAGAGGUGUUUGAUUCACCAAGCAUGUGAAUUCACAAAUGCAUCAUGUUCUGGUGGGCCAGUGGGUCUCAAAAUUGACACUCUCAAUCCUGUUAUGUCCUUAAACCCCUUUUUAUAUAUAUUUAUGUGCCUUUCUUUUGCAUUUUCACACUCUACACCCUUUAUGCCAUUUUAUUUUGACCGGUUACUGUAAAGCAGGUUAUGAGUUAACUUUCUAAAAGCCAAAAUGCUGUUAUUUUUCUUUUGUUUCAGAAUGUGUUCGCAAUUUUGCAUGUUUCAAGCAAGGUGCCUGUCAUAUAUAUUUAUUUGAAUGUGGAAAAACACACUUGAUUAUGUCAAGGGAUUGCUACUUUAAACUUUGUAAAGACUCAUUUUUGUCAUGAUCUUGAAUUUCAAAUGUUUAUUCAAACGCUCUUUUGUCUUAAGUCUGUUUUGCAUCAUCACAUCCUUCAAAUCGCUAUAAAUAUAUCAUGCAGAAAUGCUUGCUGGCAUUAAAUCUUUCGAUUGACAA